UAUCGGUAACCGGUCUUUGCACCUGUGAUCGAAUUUCUGUUCAAAUGCAACUCUGCCUUAUAAUACAGCAAUAAAACAAAAGUUGCGGAAGCGAAUGCAUUUAGUUGUGUGUUUUACGGGAGUGUCUUAAUUUUACCUUUAUUGUUCUAUGCUUUUCAUUCACUCAACGAAAAUAGUAAAAAUUAAAAUUUAAUUAUAAAAUAUAUGAAUUAGUACACGGAAAUGUAUAAAAGACGUGGAAAUUCGGUAUGUGUUUCGCCAAAUUAAUGUGAAUAGAGUGCGCAAAGCAAAAGGCGGCGAAAAGUAACACAAAGCGAAGGCAACGUUCGUUCACUCGGUGGCUGGAACCGUUCAUCGUGGUUGGCAAUUUGCAUUUCUAUCAAGUCGUACUUCGGGCUUAAUUUUUUUCUACUUAUAGUAGAUGGUUGCAUGAUGGAUAGUGCAACGCGCAAGAGAUGCAGGGCCAAAAGUGACUAGUGACAUUGCAAACGCAAAAAACGAAAGUUUCGCGCGAGUGAUUUUUUGUAUACGUACAUACAUACAUAUAGUGCAGAAAGAAUUAAUAAAUAUAAAAAAGCCAACAAGUCAAACAAAAUAGCAAAAUAGACUGUCAGGAAGCGAAAUGAGUGUUUUCAACGACUUUCAACGCCUGUGGAUGCAACGAUUUCCACAAAGCUCACUUUCGGAUGCAUGGGAACAGGAUGUGCGUGCCAGUCUGGAGAGGCACAAACAAAAAAUAGUGGAAUUGACAAAGGACUUGGAGCAGGAACAACUUUACGUGGAAUACCUAGAGCGUCUACUGUCCGAUGUGGAAAAGUUUCGUGAAUCUGGUGGAGAUCCAACAUCACUGUUCGAAGCUGCUACUUCUAGCACAGCUUUGCAAGCUAACACUAAUGCACAAGAGCUCAACGCGGAUGAUGCAGGUGCUGAUAAUCUUUUGAAAUCUAGUUUAAAUUUACGGGAAACCAAUAAUGAAAGCAAAGAUAAAAACAAUAGAUUAUCUCUCAAUACUGAUAACAAGUAUGCGGAGUCCAGUAGCGGAAGUGGUGGUAGCAGUGUUAGCGCCAGCGGCAUUUCUAAGAUAAUCACCAAAGCAACCGAUACCAAUGCCGGCAGUUACAAAAGUGUUAGCGGAAAGCAAAGUUUUGAGCAUGAAGACAAAGAUGUGGGCACUGAGAAGGAUAGCAGCAACCAAAACGAGAACGGUGCCUUGCAUCAAUGCUUAAAUGAGUUGGCGGCUUCAUUCGGAAGUAAUUCUGCUGGUAGCGACAGUGAAGCAGUACGCCACACCCCAUUGGAAGACAUCAAAGAAUUGGAAGUAAUGUCGUCUGGUGAGUUAGCACAGAAAACAAAAGCGCCAUCACAGAAGACAUCACACUUUGUUACUGUAAUUGAGGUAAAAGAGAGUAAGUCCAAUAUGGAUGCUGAGCUGGAAUGCGGAUUGGAGGGAAGUGAUUCAGUGCAGAGCACUACCACUACAACUUUAAGCAGUUUCGAACGUAAAGUUUCAACCAAGGUUGAACCAACAGCACCUCCAUUGUCCCCUGCAUUAACAUCGCCUUCAAUGUCAGCUUCCACGUAUGCAGCGCAUUCGGAGGCUAAAAAGAAAAUGCCACCAAGGCCGCCUCCCAAAAAUAUACGACGAGUCGAACCACCCACUAUUCCAGGACAACUGUCGUCUUCUCCAAAACGCGACUCGCCAUUUAUAGGCAGUAGUAUGCCUUUACCUAGCACAUCUGGCAAUUUGUCUUCAUCUGAAAGCCCUGGCAACUCACUUGAACGUAACGUAAAACCUUCAGACAUUUUACGGCAAAAAUCGCCCGAAACUUUGGAAGCCAAAACACUUGCCGCAAAUAGAAAAACUACGCCAGAGCUAGGAAAGUUUAAUCCGCCUGAUUUAAUGGAAGAACUAGGACGCAAAGUCGGCAAAUCGGAAAGUCUUGAGAAAACCAAACGCUCUGAUAUGACGACUACGCAAAGCCCUACUGGCAGUUUGGGACGUACAGUAUCCACGCAAAGUCGAAAUGUGUCGAGCGGUCGAGCCAGUGGUACGGUUGUGGGUGUAUCACCCACCGGUAGCUUGAACAAACCAUCAAAACUUGCAGUAGCAGAUAGUUCAUCAACCAAUAGUUUAGAAAAGAAAUCACGUUCUUCACUAAAAGCAGCAGACGGUGAAGGUGGCCAUGGCCAGAUCGUUGGCUCGAAGGAAUCACUCGCAUCACAAGGCAUAUCGGAAAUCAUCAAAAGCUAUGAAUCAGUUUCGUCCUUGGGCUCUGAUUGUGCAAAAGCCUCACAACACUUGGAUAAUGAACCAUAUUAUGAUACAGUACCACUAGAUAACGGCGAAGGUGAAUAUGUAUACAUUAAACCCGGUGGCACUGGCUCAUCGUCCAGUCGAGAUGAUCUAUCCACACCCGGUAGUACGCUUCCAAUCGGCUCGGCCGCACACCUGAGUAGUCAAGCGAGUGUAACAGACCCCGAGUCUCCAGGACGCAGCUCAAACUAUGUGAACAUUGAUUAUUUUCUACAUCAAAGCAAUGAAACACGUUCAAGCUCUCUAGACAGUGAUGGCGAGUAUGAGGGGCCACCUAUAAUGCGUACAAUUUCCCACGAUGAGCAGAACUCGCAAACACCCAGUGCUUUACGAAAGAAUUUAGUUUCAGCAAUACUUGUCUCUGGGAAUGCACGUGGCGCUAAAAUACGUUCUAUAUUGAGCAGUAUUAUACAAAGUGAAACCAUUUACGUAGAAUGCCUAAACAAAAUGAUACAGUAUAAGAGAGCCAUUCAUGCGACACUCGGUACAUCACAACCUGUGAUCAAGGAGGAGGAAGAGAAUACGAUUUUCUUCAAAAUUGACGAACUACACGAUGUGCAUACACAAUUUUUAAACGAUUUAAAAACGAUUGUGGCGCAUGAAGGAGGUGAUGUGCUUAUUGGCGAGCCCUUCAAACGCCUUGCUGAGAGCUUCAAUUUGUAUAGUGCUUUCCUACAUAACUAUGGGCAAGCCAUUGAAACAGUUAAGAAAUGCAGUGCAAAUAAUCCUCAAUUUAAGCAAAUUGUCUCAACGAUUGUUGUAAAUUUGCACACUGAGCAGUCGUUAACGCUGGAGGAUUUGUUACAUAAACCGGUUGCGCGUGUACAAAUAAAUGCUUUAGUUUUCAAUGAUUUGUUACGCGAAACACCACCCAAUCAUCCAGAUCAUCAGCCGCUGCGCCAAGCUCACAAGACGAUACAUUUAUUUUUAAAACAAUUUAAUGUGGUUAAUCAACGUUUGCCAACAGAAUCUAAUAAGAAUCUAAGGCGUAUGGUAAAAAAUUCAUUUAUUGUUGAGCUAGUGGAUGGACACCGCAAACUGCGGCAUCUAUUCCUAUUCAAUGAUGUUAUCGCUUGUGCCAAGUAUAAAGCGUCUGGUAGGGAUCGCAUCGAUUAUGAGCUCAAAUGGUUUAUAUCAUUGAAAGAUGUUAUCGUGUUCGAGGAGACAGACACUAGUGCUGAUCUCAAAGAAUCUAGUCCUGCAAAUAUAUUGCAAUUGAAAACGCAAGCGUGUACAGUACGUGAUCAAUUAUUACUAGAAGAGAAGGAUGAUAAAGGACGUAAGUCGAAUGGCAUGCGUUCAGGAGAUAAAUAUCGACGCAAAUUGGCCGAUUUGGAGUCACAGCUAGUAUUGGCGUCACCGAAUUUAGUAUUCCGUAUUGGCAACAAGGCAACCAAUAAGACGAUCACGUUCUUCUUGAGUUCGGAUUUCGAACGCACACAAUGGAUUGAAUCGAUCAUGUCUUUAAAACAAACUUGUAAUAUACCCGGCGCGAAUACGAUAAACGCACUGGAGGUUCACGCCUUCAUAGUGGCCAUGCAGAAGGGUAUGAAGACUGAAAUGGGUUCGUAUCUGAUGCGCAACACCAACGACGAAAGUUUAUUAGUCGGCGAUCUACAUAUGACUGUGCAGGGUCUGACGGGGCUUGAUCAGCCAGCUGAUUUGUAUAUUUGCAUAGAAGUGGACUCCUAUGGUCAUUAUUUCCGCAAGGCAACCACGAAGAUGGUGUGUCGUAGCAUAAGUCCACUGUGGAAUGAGAGUUUCGUAUUGGAACUUGAGGGCAGCCAGAAUGUACGUAUUCUUUUGUAUGAGGCGCAUGAGCGACCAAAGCUACGUGCUAAACAUGUGCUGAAGUGUUCUUCAUUACAGCUUAGUCGUAGUUGGUUGCAGGAGACACCAACGCCACGAUUAUUGAAACUUGGCGAAACAUUAACGCUGAAUACCAUGCUUCGAUUUGUGCCCGGCGAAGUGACUUUACGACGUGUGCCAACCUCUAAACCGGGUGCGCUCUUUGGUGCCAAAAUGAGUCAAGUUUUGAAGCGGGAAAAGCGUGACAUUCCUUUUAUAAUCAGUGCCUGCAUACGUGAAGUAGAACGACGUGGCAUGUCUGAAGUUGGUAUUUAUCGCGUGAGUGGUUCUGCUUCUGAUUUGGCUAAAUUGAAGAAGUCUUUUGAAACAAAUGCGUAUGAGGCCGAGCAGUUGCUAAAAGAUGUGGAUAUACACUCCGUUACGGGUAUUUUGAAGUCGUAUCUGCGAGAGUUACCAGAAGCGUUGUUCACUGAUGCCCUCUAUCCAAAAUUCUUUGAAACAUUUAGCGCUUUUAGCAACAACAACGAGGCAGCACGUAUAAAUGAACUCACAAAAGUAUUUGAAGAACUGCCGUUGGCAAAUAAAGCAUCCAUAAAUCAUAUUUUGGAUCAUUUAAUUAGGGUACAUCAUCAGGAAGCGGACAAUAAAAUGUCGUUGCAUAAUUUGGCUAUGGUAUUCGGUCCGACGUUACUAAGGCCCGGUCAAACACAAGCCAAGCAAAAGGACCUGCUCGCUUCCAGUACUGUGGAUGUGAUGGCACAAGCCGGUAUACUCUAUUGCUUCCUGCAGGCCCGCAUCAAAAAAGAUUAAAAUAUUCAGUCAUAAUCGAAGUAAAAGUAAAAGUGGAAUAUGAAAACCAGAAAUAUUGUAUAAUGCAUAUAUUUUUGUAGCGAUCAAAGCGCCUUUGUAUGCAUGCGCAUUACCUGCGUAAGAGAAAUUAUUCUUAUAAAUACGUAGCUUCCAUUGUAUUUGUACAUACAUACAUACAUAUGCAAAGCAAACGUCGGCAGUUCGUUUAUUUGAAGUAAACUGUAUGUGAUGAGAUUGUAGGAGAGGAAUAGUUGUGGAGAAAUACAAGAAGAAAUAUGAAGCGUACAAGAAAUUUACAAAUUUGUAACGUAUGGGAAUUUCCUCUCAGAUGCGUGUGAAACGAUGAGGAAUGUCAAAAAAUAGUGCCGCAAAAAUAUAAUUUUUAUAAUCGAUACGUAUAUAUUAACAGGAAAGAAUGUAUUGAUUAAAAUGCACUUAAUUACUGCUGCAAAUUCCAAAAUAAUAAACAUAUUUAUCUACAAGCUCUACACCAUAGACUUUGCACAGCUUAAACUAUCACGGAAGCUUAUUAAAACUUAGACAAAAUGUAAUUUUUUGUCAGUGUAAAACAUCAAUACUACAAAAUCUACACACAUAAAUAUUUAAAACACAAAAAUUUAGCUGCUCAAUAAGCAUUUCUUAAAGAUAAAUAAUUUUUAAAAAUCUUUUGCAUUUCAAUUAACAAAAAAUAUCGUUGAACACUCAAUAAAAAUAUACUUAAGUACGAAAGCAGUUGAUGUAGAGUAAUUUGAGACAAUGUGAAGUUUUUCAAUUUUGCUUCCCUUCCACAUAAACAUGCUUAUAUCUUUUUACAGAUAGACAAUUCGCAUACAUUCAAUUUUUUCAUAUUAGAAGCAGUAUUUUUGGAUAGUUCAGCACUAUAGCGAAGCAUAAAGCAAAAUUCAAGGAGUUCUUUUAUUAUUGUGUCUAAGUUGGCCUUUAAGGCUGCCCUAGUGUUGAUUGGAAAUAGUUUCGAUCUUAUAAAUUUUUUGGUAUGAUUUACAUGAUGUAGGCGGUUUUAAAAGUUGCCAUAUUAGAUUAUUUAAAUGUUUUAAUAACAAUGUGUGCAUUUUGACUUGACUUUAACUUUGCCAAACAUAACCCUCAACUUAUUCCACAUUAGCUGCUUUCCAACGAAGUUACUUUUCGGCAAUCAUCUAACGUAAUUAGUUUCCAAUAUUUUUUAAGUGUUAAAUGUACUACAAAGACAUAGUCUGUGGGCGUUUAUAAUUGAUUACCUUAUAAUGGUUACUUAUCGACCCUAUAAAAAGGAUGCAAAGAAAUUAUAUUAAUUCAAAUAAAGUAAAAAAAUAAAUGACGUAGGCUAAAACAAUUUAAUUUAUUUUUUACCUUUAUGUAAAAUUAUACAUGCUUAUUUACUUUAUAGUUUAUCUACAUACGAACAUAUGUAUUUUGUAGUGCAGUUAUACAAAAAAUAUAUUAUUACUAAACAUACUUA